GUUGACCGCGUCCACAUUACUCUAAAUAUCAGUUGAAAGAUGGCGGAGGGCGAGUUGAAUGUGGACAGCAUCAUCUCUCGCCUUUUAGAAGUGCGAGGAUGUCGACCGGGCAAGAUCGUGCAGAUGACGGAGGCCGAGGUGAGGGGCCUCUGUAUCAAGUCCAGAGAGAUCUUCCUCAGCCAGCCCAUCCUGCUGGAGCUCGAGGCCCCGCUCAAGAUCUGUGGUGACAUCCACGGGCAGUACACAGACCUGCUGAGGCUGUUUGAGUACGGAGGCCUCCCCCCAGAAGCCAACUACCUGUUCCUUGGGGACUACGUGGACCGGGGCAAGCAGUCCCUGGAGACCAUCUGCCUGCUGCUGGCCUACAAGAUCAAAUACCCAGAGAACUUCUUCCUGCUCAGGGGCAACCACGAGUGUGCCUCCAUCAACCGCAUCUACGGCUUCUAUGACGAGUGUAAGCGCAGGUUCAACAUCAAAUUGUGGAAGACCUUCACCGAUUGUUUUAAUUGCCUUCCCAUUGCUGCCAUCAUCGACGAGAAGAUCUUCUGCUGCCAUGGAGGGCUGUCACCGGAUUUGCAAUCCAUGGAACAGAUUCGCAGGAUCAUGAGGCCAACAGAUGUGCCUGAUACAGGCCUGCUGUGUGACCUGCUGUGGUCGGACCCCGACAAGGACGUGCAGGGCUGGGGGGAGAACGACCGCGGGGUCUCGUUCACCUUCGGGGCCGACGUGGUCAGCAAGUUCCUCAACCGCCACGACCUGGACCUCAUCUGCCGAGCUCACCAGGUGGUGGAGGACGGCUACGAGUUCUUUGCCAAACGCCAGCUGGUGACCCUGUUCUCGGCUCCCAACUACUGCGGGGAGUUUGACAACGCCGGGGGCAUGAUGAGCGUGGACGAGUCCCUCAUGUGCUCGUUCCAGAUCCUGAAGCCCUCUGAGAAGAAGGCCAAGUACCAGUACAGCGGCGUCAGCUCGGGACGGCCGGUCACCCCGCCCCGCACCGCCCAGCCGCCCAAGAAGAGGUGAACAACAGGCGUUCCCUUGGCUCCCCCUGCCUGUACCACCACAUGAACACCACAGCCUCUCCGGUUCCUCCACCACAACCCCCCGCCCCCCCCCCUUCCCUGUGUAGAAGGGAUACAGGGCUUAACCAUUACCAACUCCACAACCUUCUCCCCUUCUCCAAACCCCACUGACGGCUCUUUUCUUAAUAUGUAUGUGUACAUAAAUUUGCUGUGACCAAUGUAUUAUUAUUAUUAUUUCAGUUUUUUUGUUUUGCCUCUCUGUUGGUGUUUUUUUAUAUUAUACAUAUAGCAUUAAAAAAGGAUACUUGUGGUUAUCCUUGUAACGUAAUUCGAGGCUUUCUGAGGUUCUGCAUUAUUUAAAGGUGACGUUUUCUUUUUAAAGAGGAUGAAAGAGGGGAAAAGUCAGAUGUUUAUUGACCCUUUUGAACAGUAAACAUACGGUGGCUUUUGUUUUGCCUCAAUCUCUCCGAGCGCAGCAAGAAGCUUCCUCAAUUAUUUGUAGAUUUAUCUGCUUAACACAGUGUGGCGUUUAACACACGGGGCAUACACAAACUAAUAAACAGUUAUGGUAUCACUAACAGUUUAAACAUGUGCGGGACUGUCUUCGUGUGUGUCUUUAAGGCACGCUAACAUUUGUUGGAGCAAAUGCACAUUUGAGAUAUUUAACCAUUGUGUUGAUUUAACAGAACGUGACGAGAGGCUGGGUUGUAAUGAAGCACAUGUUUAAUGGGUUGCUGUUGCUGCUGGCAGCGUACAUAAAUGAACACAAACACAAUGGCCACCGCCCCGCCCCCCCCCCCCCCCCCUCUUGUGCCUCUCUGUGUCUGGAGUCCUCCACCACACGUCUCCAUGCCACUUCUGACACAGGGGUAGCACUGACACUCUCCCCACGUCUUGCUAAUGAGAUCCCCCCCCCCCCCCUCCUCACGUUGGUUAUGUGGUGCGCGUUUCAGUUCUGAAAGUAAACAAGCUGGCAAAUCUUUGGUGUGGGUGAUGUUGAGGCGUUUCAUGCUUCCACAGGGUUUUGACUCUUAUUUUUCAUGGUAUGGCUAUUCAGUGGUUGAUAACAUUUUUGCUCUUUUCUGUCGAGUCAAACUGGCCGAGUACAAUGAUCCUUCGCCUACAGUGCCAUGUGUUGUGCUUCUUACUUUUUUUUAUCUGGGUAGAUCAAAAUAACAGCAUGCCCUGCAGGUUUGAUUACUUGCUUUAUUAUAGAUGCAUUAAUGGCAACGAUUCAGAAGAACAUAUGCAAUAUUUACUAAAUGUUGUACUGCAUGCAGACAACACUGCAUAACCUGAGGAAGUGAUGGUCAUAUUUGUUUGUUUUUGUUUUGAGGAUCUGAUGUGAAUAUUGGACGUCUUAGCAAAGAAUCAGCACAAGAGAAUGGGAGGAAGUGACAGCUGUCACUCUGGGAUAGUAAUGCCACCUGGUGUUUAACAAUCGCCAGUACAUGACAUGUUUUCUCAUCAACCAGCAACUUCCAAGUUAUAGCAAACAGAAUUGAGAUGCUGCAUCAAAAAGAUCAUAAGGUGGUGUUUAUUUAAUCGUGACAUAAGCCAGGUUCACAUUUAAUAUUCGAGUAAAAAUGAUGCGGUGGUAUCCUUUUAUUGUGUGAAACGGUUGCCUUGUUUAAAUUUUGCUUGGUUGACUUCACUUUUAUUUGUUAUGUACUCUUCACGUUGUUUACUUUUUCACUUUAUUCAGUUCAUAAAUAAAGUAUAAACUUUGAAGUGUUAUGAAACUUUGUACUAGUUGGUUUGAAGGUCUGAAUGAAAUAAAAUAAAACUAAAUUCAGUAUUG